AACAGCAACAAUUGCUAUAAAUACGAAGUAGAAAAAUCAACGGUUCAAUUCAUCACAAUCCGCAAAGAGGAAGGAAAAGAUCAACGGCUCAAAGAGUGUGGAUUUUCCACUAAUUUCACACCCAAAUGGAAACUCUGGGAAUUCAAUUUUCUCAAAUCAAUACCCUAAAUCUCGCUCAAAGACAAAGAAGAUGGAAUUAUCUUCCGGGAUCAUCUCUCUUGCCGAUUGCUACAGGCCCAUCUGUAUUGAGAAUUCGCCGCAAUUGCAGGGGUGGGACAAGAAUGCAGCAAGUAGUUGAAGAAGAGUACGAGGUGAAGCAAGCUAAAGAUAUGGCUGCUGCUAGAAAGAGAUGGGAGGCUCUAGUCAGAGAUGGAAAAGUCAAAGUUCUAACUCCACGAGAAGCUGGAUAUGCCAUUCAACUCUCGAAUAAAACCUUACUCGAUGUUCGUCCCUCUACGGAGCGUAAAAAGGCAUGGGUCAAAGGUUCUACGUGGAUUCCAGUAUUUGACGUUGAUGAAAAUUUGGAUGCUGGCACUCUUUCGAGGAAGGUUACCGGAUUUAUUAUGGGAGGAUGGUGGAGUGGCAUCCCGACAUUAUCCUACUACAGACAAUUCUUAUCAAAAGUCGAGGAGAAGUUUCCGAAAGACACAGAUCUUAUUGUGGCAUGCCAGAAGGGCUUGAGAUCCCUUGCAGCUUGUGAGAUACUGUACAAUGCUGGUUAUAAAAACCUUUUCUGGGUACAAAGUGGUUUGGAAGCUGCUGAAGAAGAGGACCUUGAAAGGGAAGGUUCCCAGCCCUUUAAGCUUGCAGGAAUUGGCGGGCUUUCCGAAUUCAUCGGUUGGACCGAUCAACAAAGAGCUGCAGCUGCCAAGGAGGGCUGGGCUUACCGAUUAGUUUUCUCCGCUCGUUUGAUCGGACUUUUUCUUGCUGCGGAUGCAUUAUAUAUCGGGGCACAGCAAAUUGGGCGUUACAUAUCUCACUGAAAAUAUACGUUGACAUGCUUUUUGUCUUUCGGUGAAGAAGACUGAUUAGUACUUAAGCUUUUGAUUAGGGUAUUGAAAAGAGUCAAAAUUUUGUUUACAACAACGGAUGUUACGACCGUCGAUCGUUUUAUAUGUUGUAAAAAAAAAAUCUAAAAUAAAUGUUGGAUGUAUGAAUUACAUUUUCUUUCGAUGGUCUUCGAAGUUGAGUUAGUCCGACGAAGUUGAGAUCACUUCUAUUAUUGGAUUUUCCAUUAAAA